CAGGCAUUAUCUUUUAUCCUUGAUUUUCGUAAUGACAUACGCCAAGAUCCUCCCUUAGUCCAAGAAGGAAUAAAGGGAAAUCGGUUACAAAGUCUGAGUCUACGAGUAUUUGUGUCAAAAUGAUAUUCUAUUCAACCCUGGGAUCUCCUUGGAAUCUCCUUCAACCCAGGAAUCUCUCUAUCUUUCCUUUAUAAAACAAACCCUACAUCUUCCAAACAACAAGCACGCACACAGCCAUUUUUCUUUCCUAUUUUUUUUAUUUCUAUUUACAAUGGCAGCUCUAACUUGCUCUGCCUCUGACCUCCAGUCCUUACUAGGUGGUGCUGCCAAUGCCACGGCAGCUGCUGAGUACAUUUGUACUCGCUUUGUUGCGGUUUCAGACCAUUUUGUUGACACAGCCUAUGCUAUUGACAACACUUACCUUCUUUUCUCUGCCUACCUUGUCUUUGCCAUGCAACUUGGCUUUGCCAUGUUGUGUGCUGGGUCUGUACGUGCCAAAAAUACCAUGAACAUUAUGCUAACCAAUGUUCUUGAUGCUGCCACUGGUGGCCUUUUUUAUUACCUUUUUGGUUUUGCCUUUGCCUUUGGGAGCCCUUCCAAUGGAUUCAUUGGCAAGCAGUUCUUUGGCCUUGAAAGUUUUCCAUCACCUUCUUUCGACUAUGGCUACUUUCUUUAUCAGUGGGCUUUUGCCAUUGCAGCUGCUGGGAUCACUAGUGGAUCCAUUGCUGAAAGAACACAAUUUGUUUCAUAUUUGAUAUACUCCUCAUUCUUGACUGGUUUGGUUUAUCCUAUUGUCUCUCAUUGGUUCUGGUCAGCUGAUGGUUGGGCUAGUGCUGGUAGAGCUGAUGGUAAUCUUUUAUUUGGAUCUGGGGUCAUUGAUUUUGCUGGUUCUGGUGUUGUACAUAUGGUUGGAGGGAUUGCUGGACUCUGGGGUGCUCUCAUUGAAGGCCCCCGAAUGGGAAGAUUCGACCAUGAAGGCAAGUCGAUGGCUCUCCGUGGACAUAGUGGUACAUUGGUUGUUUUAGGCACAUUCCUAUUGUGGUUCGGGUGGUAUGGUUUCAAUCCAGGUUCAUUUCUCAACAUCCUAAGAACUUAUGGAGAUGUUGGUUCUUAUUAUGGCCAAUGGAGUGCUAUUGGUAGAACAGCCGUGACAACAACACUUGCAGGGAGCUCUGCUGCACUAACCACUCUCUUUGGCAAACGCAUGCUUGCUGGAAACUGGAAUGUGACUGAUGUCUGCAAUGGUUUGCUAGGUGGUUUUGCAGCAAUCACCUCUGGAUGCGCGGUUGUAGAUCCAUGGGCAGCGAUCAUUUGCGGAUUUGUUGCAGCUUGGGUCCUAAUUGGCUGCAACAAACUGGCAGAUAAAUUCCAUUAUGAUGAUCCUUUGGAGGCAGCACAACUUCAUGGAGGGUGUGGUGCAUGGGGUAUUAUCUUCACUGCAUUGUUUGCAAAGGAAACAUAUGUCAACGAGAUUUAUAGUGGGAAACCAGGGAGGCCAUAUGGACUGCUUAUGGGAGGUGGUGGAAGGCUCUUGGCAGCACACAUGGUCCAGAUUUUGGUGAUCACAGGAUGGGUGAGUGUGACAAUGGGGACAUUGUUCUGGAUACUGCACAAAUUCAAGCUUCUGAGGAUCUCAGCGGACGAGGAGAUGGCAGGAAUGGAUUUGACAAGCCAUGGUGGAUUGGCAUAUGCAUAUUAUGAUGAGCAUGAUGAUGCAAUGCAGAAGAAAUCAUUUAUGAUGACAAAGGUGGAUCCCUAGGUUGUUUGAUUCAGUUUCAGGAACUGCAUUUGAUCUUUAAUCUUCUUAAUCUGUUUGUCUUUUUCGUUGUCUUAGCCUGCACAGUCUAGACUAGGAACCAAUGAAUUAACUCAAGGAAUUUGGAUGGAUGAUGAAUUCCUUCGAGAAAUCAGUAUUGGAAUCUUAAAAAUCUGAAUUUCAUUGUUUAAUUAUUUCUUUCUAA